AUGCCCUCACUUGCCAACCAUGCGUCUCAGAACCUAAGUACGUCCGACACAUACGGCAACUUCGACCUCAUCAAGCGCUUCAAGGUCGACCACACCGACAUUCAUGUCUCCAAGUGGAAGAGUCGUGCUUCAGGACUGUCAGUUGUCCACCUGGACUAUGACGCUCCGCUUGUCAACGGGUACUUUGUUGUGGGCACCGAGAUUUUCAACGAUAGCGGGUGUCCUCAUACUCUGGAACAUCUGGUCUUCAUGGGAUCCGAUAAAUACCCGUACAAGGGGAUCAUUGACCACCUGGCCAAUCGCGGAUUCUCCAACGGCACAAAUGCAUGGACGGACACCGAUCACACGGCUUACACUGUCUCGACUGCUGGAGAACAAGGUUUCCUACAGCUUUUGCCCAUCUAUGUGGAUCAUAUUCUCUAUCCCACCCUCACGAAGGCCGGUUUCGUCACGGAGGUCCACCAUGUAGACGGUAAGGGCGAAGACUCGGGUGUGGUCUACAGCGAGAUGCAAGGUCGUGAGAACACCUCUGGGGAUCUCAUGGCUCUUCGCACGCAACGUCUUCUCAACCACUCGAAAAGUGCAUACCGGAGCGAGACCGGUGGUCUUAUGGAGGCACUUCGUGUCUUGACGGUUGAACAGAUCCGCGACUAUCACCACUCCUACUAUGUCCCGCACAACCUGACGCUUAUUGUCGCUGGAAAACUGGCGUCCGGCACUGAGUCCCUCCUCAAUGUAGUGCAAAAUCAGGUCGAGCCGAGUAUCGCUGCGCAUGGUCAAAACCAGGGACCCAAGCCCGUAGGAUGGAAGCGACCUUUCGUGGAGACGCCUAGUGCAGACAGGAAGCCCAUCGCAGCCACCAUCAAGGAGACUGUCGAGUUCCCCGAGAAGGACGAGAGCGUCGGCGAGCUCGUCAUCGGUUUCCGCGGACCCCCACCCACGGAGUUCUUGGAGAGACAAGCACUCGACAUGCUUGGAGACUAUCUGACUUCAUCACCGGUGGCUCCUCUGAACAAGGAGUACGUCGAGAUUGAGAACCCCAUGUGUACCUACAUCUACUUCAGUGAAGACACUCGGGCAACAUCCACAGACUUGCCUGUCUACAUCGGCUCUGUUCCAACGGAGCAUCUGGACACAUUUGAUGAGAAGCUCAAAGCCAGCUUGAAGCGCAUCGCCGACACAGGCAUCGACAUGGAGCGGAUGGCUAUGAUCAUCGCUCGUGACGAGCGGCAGCUCCGCAGCCGUAUAGAGGCCUCCGGUGGUGACGUUUUCGCGGGCUAUGUCAUCACCGACAGCUUGUAUGGCGCCGAGAACGGCUCGGACCUCCCCCCGUCGUUGAACGAGAUCAGUCAGUACGCCGAGCUGAAGAAGUGGACGGGUCAGCAGUGGUCGGACCUCCUGCGCAAGUACUACGUGGACCCUCCGCGCGUCGUCGUGCGUGGCAAGCCCUCUGGCGAGAUGGCGGAUCGGCUGGACCGUGAAGAUAAGGCGCGGAUCGCGGCACAACAGGAGCGGCUUGGGCCUGAUGGUCUUGCGGCGUGCGAGCGAGAGCUCGAGGCGGCGAAGAAGGAACACGAACAGGAAAUUCCCCAGGAGAUCCUCACCUCCUUCCCGGUCCCCGACGUGAAGAGCAUCGCAUGGAUACCGGUCCAGAGUGUGCAGGAGAAGCAUGGUCAGAAGGGACGUGCAUCGGCAUCCGCUACGAACAGCACAGAGCUAGCCAAGCACGUUGACAGCGAUGGCGCACCUCUGCCAUUCUUUGUGCAGUACGACCAUGUCAAGUCGGACUUCGUCACCGUUCACGCGUACUUCUCGCUGGCGAACCUUCCGAACCGCCUUCGCCCGCUCAUGACCGUCUACCUCUCCGCCUUCUUCUCCCUUCCGGUGAAGCGCAGCUCCGGCGAGCAUCUCAACCACGAGGAGGUCGUGCACCGGCUCGACAGCGACACUGUUUCGUACGAGGUCGCGCUCGGCGUGAGCAACACCUUCACGGAGACGAUGCGGGUCAGCAUCAAGGUCGACCAGCCGCUCUACGAGACCGCGGUCACCUGGCUCAAGGACCUCGUGUACGGCGGUGAGUUCAACAAGGAGCGGCUUCAGGUCAACAUCGCGAAGAUCCAGCAAUCCCUCCCGGAGAUGAAGCGCGACGGUGACACCGUCCUGAACUCAGUCUCCUCGGAGGUACUGUAUGAUGAGAGCUCGACGUCGCGCAUGGGCAGCAUUGUCCCUCAGAUGGACUUCAUCCCCAAACUUGCGCAGCAGCUUCAGGAAUCUCCCGAAAAGGUCCUCAAGGAUUUCGAAGAGAUCCGCAAGCACCUGACCGACCCCAGCGGUGUUCGCGUCUCCGUGAACGGCAACAUCCUUGAGCUCAAGAACCCCCGCAGCGUCUGGGCUAAGCACUUCGGCCAGACCCUCCCGGAGACCGAGCUCGCGCCUCUCCGCCUGGCUGUCGACACACUCAGCCCAGUCGGCAAGAACCCGGUCAAGAAGGCCGUUGUGGUCAGCCUGCCGACUAUCGAGAGCGCGUUCGUGACGCAUACGACGAAGGGCAUCCAGGGCUGGGCGCACCCCGAGUACCCGGCCAUCCGCGUCGCCGUCGAGGUCCUCAACGCGACGGAGAGCUACCUGUGGCGGUACAUCCGUGGCUCCGGUCUGGCCUACGGCGCGCACUGCGGCCUCGAUCUCGAGGCUGGCUUCGUCACCUUCUCGCUGUACCGGAGCUCGAACAGCAUGGAGGCAUUCAAGCAGGCUGCAAGCGUCAUGAAGGGUCUCACUGACGGCUCGAUUGCCCUCGACGAGACUGUUCUCGACGCCGCCAAGAGCAGCAUCGUCUUCAACGUCGCAAAGGGUGUCUCGACUCCUAGCCGCGCCGCAAUCAUGUCCUUCACGAACCAGGGUCUCAAGGGCGUCUCGCAGAACCACAACGUCGAGCUUCUGGAGAAGUUCCAGGCGGUGACGAAGGAGGAUGUGCUUUCCGCCCUCCAGAAGCACUUCCUGCCGCUCUUCGACUCUGCCUCCUCCGUCGCGGUCGUCGUCACCGCCCCUGGGAAGGCGGACCAAGUGUCGGAGGAGCUCGGGAAGAUCGGCUUCGAGGUCGAACGGAAGACGCUACAGGUCGAGGCGGACGAGGACAGCGAGUUUGACUCGGACGAAGAUGGAAGCUCGGACGGCGAGAGCGACGGGGGACGAUAG